GACUCCAUUUGUAGUGGAGGAUGUGAUGAGGGGGGGUUCAGAUCAGGGCUGCCUCCGCCACCGAGAGGGCACCGGGGAGCAGAGGAGAAAGAAACGAGGGGGAACUAGAGCCGCGUUGACCGGAUCUCGGUCUUAGCCGGAGGUGACGGGAGACAGUGGCGGGGACGAGCCGCGCGUCAGGCUGGGCAGCAGGGGGGAGACGCACGGAGGAACCACCCCGUUGGGAUUUCAGAGCUGCACGGGGAACAUGGUGGAUUUUUGAGAAGCUACACACGGCGACAUUUGGAGAGUUGGAUUUAAAAAGGAAAGAAAAGUAAUUGAAGGGAAAGCAGAGCGAGGCUGCAGGAGCGCGCAGGAGCAGGAUGAGCGUGUGGUCUGCAGGGAGAGCAGAGCGGCGUGUCUGAGUGGGACAUGGCAAACGGCGGGGACCAGUUCGGCCUUGCAGAUCGUCCGGACUCAGACUGCAUGGAUUCCCCGAAACAGACAAAACAGGAAAAUCCCAGCUUCACCUCAAACGCACCAGCGUCACCGCAGACAGGGUCCAGUCCGCAGGGGAUGGAGGGAAUCAAAGUUUUCCUUCAUGACAGGGAACUCUGGACCAAGUUCGAUGAAGUAGGAACUGAAAUGAUCAUCACCAAGGCUGGAAGGAGGAUGUUCCCCAGCUACAAGGUGAAGGUCACAGGCCUCAACCCCAAAACCAAGUACAUCCUCCUCAUGGACAUUGUCCCCGCGGAUGACCACCGCUACAAGUUUGCCGACAACAAAUGGUCGAUAUCGGGCAAGGCAGAGCCCGCGAUGCCGGGGAGGCUCUACGUCCACCCGGACUCUCCCGCCACCGGGGCGCACUGGAGCCGCCAGCUCGUCUCCUUCCAGAAGCUCAAACUCACCAACAACCACCUGGACCCGUUUGGACACAUAAUACUCAACUCCAUGCACAAGUACCAGCCACGUCUCCACAUCGUCAAGGCGGACGAGAACAAUGGCUUCGGCUCAAAGAACACAGCUUUCUGCACCCACGUCUUCUCUGAGACCGCCUUCAUCGCCGUGACGUCCUACCAGAACCACAAGAUCACACAGCUGAAGAUAGAGAACAAUCCUUUUGCAAAAGGCUUCAGAGGCAGCGACGACAAUGAGCUGCACCGCAUGGCCAAGCUACAGGGCAAGGACUACCCAGUGGUCCCUCGCAGCUCCAUCCGCCAGAGGGCCUGCCCCACAGGCAGUCCGUUUUGCGGGGAGGGCCGGGGUCUGAGGGUCUCUCCCGAGGCCGUCGGAUCCCCCUUCGGCUGCGAGAAUGGUUUGAGCAGCAGCAGUCCCCGGGAGCUGCUUGGUCCUCCCCCCGCACACUACACCCUGCCUCACUCUCACCUGCAGCACGGCCAACAGCCACAGGUCUACCACUGCACCAAGAGGAAAGAGCUGCAGCCCAGAAACAUCCUAAAAGAAGAAAAUGAGAAAAUUCAGGCAGAGGAUGCAGGGUGUCUGCCGAUAAAUACGUCACCACACACCUUGUGUGGGUCAGUGAGAGAGAUUACUUUGUCGGAGGAGAACUGCCCUUCAGGAAACCGUCAGCACCAGUACAAGAAACCCUUCACUGGCAGCUCACCAAGUGAGGACGAGUCCUACUAUCACCCUUCAUCCUUCCCUCCUCCUCCAACCGGUCUACCCAACAACACUGCCCUGGGUCUCACUGAGUCCCCCUACAGCUCAGACAUGGGACAGCGUCAGGCGUGCAUGUUUGCCAGCUCAGAGCCCAGACUGGAUGAACUCAACUGUGCAUCCUGGUCAUACGCCUGUCCCCUCCCCUCUGCCAUGACCCCCAUGGAACCCUACCCACCUUACACCCCUCACCCUCCCUACAGCUCCAGCCCUCAGGGCUCUCGACUCAGUGCCAUAGCCCACCAGAGCUCUCCGCUGCUGGGAGAGCACAUCGCCCACGACCCCUACCAUAGCCAGAGCUCCGGACCUCAAUCUCAGAGCUCCCAAAACAUUCACAGCCGGCAGAUCAGCCCUCCUCUCAGAGAGUACCCUCGCUACACGCCCAACCUUUCUCCUCCUCUGUACCACACGCUGGAGACGCACACACACAUCAGGUGUGGAGUACCGGAAUGGAGUGCAGCCUCCUAACCAGGCCAGAGGACACACCUGAAUGACUGUCCAGAUGACACAGCGUCUUGAACUCAGUGACCCUUCUUUCUGCUCUUCUGGAACAUGCUGCAACAUAUACAUACCUUUGUAACAUAAUUGUGAAAAGUUUGAUCUUGUGCUGUGUGACAAAGUUCUCAUCUAUUAGCCAUGUCUCCCCCUGUGCUGGAUGGAGCAGUGGAUUGUCUGGACUUGGCCGUCCAUGAAGUUUCAGAUGUUAAAAAAAAAAAAUAACCGCAGGACGAUCAAAGUUGUAGUUUAUCAUCUUUUCAUAACUCAAUGACCGGUGUCGUCCAAAUGUUUGCACUGUGAGCCCUGUUCCGGACAGACCCUGAACACUUCCCCUCUCAAUGACUCCUACUCUUUGCAUUGUCAAGGAUGUAAAUUGUGACCCAGUGUCUGACAGGCAGUAACAUUUACAGACCAAAAUAAUCUCAGCUCUCAGAGCGGAGCCUGAGGGAGACAUUUUUUUUUCUCUUUAAUGGAGCUUAACAUGGCUCCAUGCUCAGUCUCAGUGAAGGAGAAAAGGCAUGAGUUGUGUGCGUGCGUGCGUGCGUGUGUGUUCAUGUGUGUGUCUUUGUAUGUAAAGCCUGUGUCAGCUCAGCUCAAGGAUACUAUGAGUUAAUUUCCAAUGAGACAGGCAGUAGUAGCUGCGGGCGCUGCACUGCAGAGAUAAACAGUUUGUUUAGACCACGCUACAGGCUGAAGGACCUGUAAACACUGUUUCCACUGCAUUCUGGGUAAAUGCACAUCUCAGCCUCACGCAGCUGUCACCGCUGUCCUCUCAGUCACCCCCAGCCGACCAAUCAUCCCUCUCCGCUCACCAGCAGCCAGCCAAUGAGCGCGCGCCUCUGUUUUCAUCCCCAGCUGACUAGUCAGGGCUGGAGUGCAGCGGGUUUCAUGUCUGCGUGUGAUUGCCCGUUUUUGUUUGUUUCUGAAUUUUGAAUGAGUAAUGUUGAUCCUUGAAACACAAGGACACACAGUGCUGAUCAUGUUGAUGCUCCAACUCUUAAUUAGUUUCUUUAUUUUGAAUCUAAAGCAUCCCUCCCAUACCCAUACAGCAUUAAACUUCGACUAGAUUGGGUCAAGUGCAUUUCCCUACAGAUCUGGGUAAGACCCUCAUCCUUAUGGUUCACUGUGAAAAAAACAUUUGUGGCUCCCGUUGUGCAAAAUAUGGUUCAUUUUUGUGUAUUGAAGCAGUGUUUUUAUAUUUUCCACCCAGGUGUUUUACAUGCAGUAACAUGUGAGGAGGUACUCCAUCCGUGUGCAGAGAGCAGAUCCUCGUCAUUCCCUGAUAUGUGUUUGAUUUGUGUGUGUGUGUGUGUGUGAGUGUGUAUGUGACAGUGAGAUGUAAAAGAUGAAAAUGUUUGUGUUUUAUAGCAUUUUUCCUGCUCAUAGUAUUUAUUACUCUAGAUUUUGAAAAAAAAAGAUUGCUUUGUUGUUUGUUACCUUGUAAAACAAGGUAUUGUUCAGAGAUAUUUGUUUCUCUUCUGAAGGCUCCCUUCAUGGUUUCACCCUCAAUCUCCAAAUGGUGAUAAGUAAUUGUGAUACAUUUUUUCUGUUCUAUGGAAAAUAAAGACAGAUUUAUAUACAGAAA